UGCAAGCAGAUGAGGCACAGAAAAAUAUGUGAACCGGCUCGAUCGCUCCGGCGAUGAUGGCUGCCGCAUUUCCUCUGUCCACCGCCGCACCGCCGUCGCCGCCGCUCGUCCUCCGCCGUUCCGCCGCCGCCGCCUACUCACCUUCCUCUCCCUUCGAGCUCUACCGCAACCACCGCCGCCCCGCGCGCCGGGUGCACUGUGCCGCCUCCGCCUCCGCCGCGGCACGGCGGCGCGAUGCUUGCUGCGCGCUGCGGCCGCCGGCCGCUGCUCGGGGUGGCGCAGCCGCGGCCCAGGGGCAGGCGGGGGCGGCGCCCCACGGUGGCGCGGGGGAGGGGUCCCUGUGGAUGGUGUUCCUCGCCACCGCGGUGGCCGUGUGCGGGUCCUUCGAGUUCGGCACCUGCGUGGGGUAUUCGGCGCCAGCGCAAGCUGGAAUCGUGAACGACUUUGGGCUCUCCAAUUCAGAGUACGGCGUAUUUGGGUCUGUGUUGACAAUUGGAGCAAUGAUUGGCGCUCUGACUAGCGGUCGCCUUGCAGACAGUCUUGGGCGCAAAACGACCAUGGGGUUGGCAGCAAUUAUUGGCAUUGUUGGUUGGUUUACCAUAUAUUUUGCCAAUGGUGCUACGAUGCUCUAUCUUGGAAGAGUCUUGCUCGGCUAUUGUACUGGAGUUCUUUCCUAUGUGGUGCCUGUGUUCAUAUCUGAAAUAGCCCCAAAGGAUCUUCGAGGGGGUCUUGCAUCUUCAAAUCAGUUGUUCAUCUGCUCAGGAUGUUCAGCUGCUUACAUUAUUGGGGCACUUCUUUCAUGGCGCUCGUUGGUUCUAGUAGGAUUAGUGCCUUGUGCUUUCCUCCUUGUUGGGCUUCUGUUUAUUCCAGAAUCUCCUAGGUGGCUGGCCAAUACAGGGAGAGUCAAAGAAUUCAAUGCUUCACUGCAAAAGCUUAGAGGGGAGAAUGCUGACAUAUCUGAAGAGGCUGCUGGGAUUAGAGAAUAUAUCGAAUCACUUCGUAGCUUACCUGAGGCCAGGGUUCAAGAUUUGUUUCAGAGAAAGAAUUUGUUUGCAGUCAUUGUGGGUGUUGGCCUGAUGGUCUUUCAGCAGCUGGGAGGAAUAAAUGCCUUGGGAUUUUAUACAAGCUAUAUCUUUUCCUCUGCAGGGUUUUCUGGAAAGCUUGGGACCACCUUGAUUGGAAUUUUUCAGAUUCCACUCACAUUGUUUGGUGCCCUUCUCAUGGAUAGAAGUGGAAGAAGAGCCCUUCUACUGGUCUCUGCGUCUGGAACAUUUCUGGGCUGCUUUCUGACUGGAUUAUCGUUCUACUUCAAGGCACAAGGAGUGUAUGCACAACUGGUUCCAACAUUGGCUCUUUAUGGCAUAUCGGUAUAUUACGCUGCAUACUCAGUUGGAAUGGGACCUGUUCCUUGGGUUAUCAUGUCUGAGAUAUUCUCCAUUGAAAUAAAAGCAAUAGCUGGAAGCUUGGUGACGCUGGUUAGCUGGAUUGGUUCCUUCGCAAUUUCCUACUCAUUCAAUUUCCUCAUGGAUUGGAACUCUGCAGGUACCUUCUUUCUGUUCUCUGCGGCGAGCUUGGUCACGGUGUUGUUCGUGGCAAGGUUAGUGCCAGAAACUAAAGGGAAGGCACUCGAAGAGAUCCAAGAAUCGUUCACAUGACAGCUCGAGGAGGAUUUGUAUGUAGAACGCUCGUUAUCCUCUCAAAUUAUUUGUAUCAGUGUGUUCAUAUUACUAUAUAUAUACUAACUUCUGUUUUCUGUUGGCAUUUCAAUUCCUUUUUCUGCUUUUCUUGGUGUGUUACUGUGUUAUGCUUGAGAUUAUUGAUUUAUUGGAGCUCUGCUAGAA